AAAAUCCUAAAAAUUCCAAAAAAAAAAAAAAAUCAAUAAUAAAGUACUUUAGAUUAUCACCUUAAUUAAAACGCAGGGUCUACGUCCCUGAAUCGAACUCACCCCAGGGAGAACACAGCUCAGAUGAACAAUCCAGAAGAUACCAACAACAGUAGACCAGAAGGGGAAGAAGCGCAACCAGGGAUGGCGGCGAUAGACGGGGUGGCAGCAGCUGCGCUACACUCUGUGCUCCAGAGGGUUCACCAGGCAGCUGAGCGGUCUGGCCGCGGGUCGCAGCGUAUCCGGGUCGUUGCCGUUAGCAAGACCAAAUCCGUCUCUCUAAUUCGCCAAGUCUAUGAUGCUGGUCACCGAUGUUUCGGCGAGAAUUACGUUCAAGAAAUCGUCGAGAAAGCCCCUCAGCUUCCGGAUGAUAUCGAGUGGCAUUUUAUUGGAAAUUUACAGAGCAAUAAAGUGAAGCCUCUAAUGACUGGUGUACCGAACCUUGCAGUGGUAGAAAGUGUAGACGACCAGAAGAUUGCUAAUCUUCUUGAUCGUGUUGUUGGUAGCAUUGGAAGAAAGCCUUUGAAAGUGUUUGUCCAGGUGAAUACAAGUGGAGAAGAAUCAAAAUCUGGUGUUGAGCCUUCAGGGUGUGUGGAACUCGCAAAACACAUUAGUUUGAGCUGCCCAAACCUUGAGUUUAGUGGCUUAAUGACAAUUGGGAUGCUUGAUUAUUCAUCAACUCCAGAAAACUUCAAAACUUUAGCAAAUUGCCGGACAGAGGUAUGCAAGGAUCUUGGAAUACCAGAAGAGCAAUGUGAACUAUCAAUGGGCAUGUCUGCUGACUUUGAGCAAGCUAUUGAAAUGAGCAGUACUAAUGUCAGAAUUGGAUCUACCAUUUUUGGUCCGAGGGAAUAUCCGAAUAAAAAGUGAAAUUAAUACCAUUUGCUCCGAAGACAUUAUACUCCUAUCUCAAUUUGGUUGUUCUACUAGUUGAAUUUUCCCCUGGCAUGGUGGAUGUACUACAUACUUGGAGAAAAAUACAUUCACUGGAAAAAAUUUGUAUUUAUGUAAGCUGCUAGGUGCUAAUGAAUAUGUACCCAGUUGCAAGAAUUUUCCCAUUUAAACAAGCCAUUGAUAAAUCUGCAUGAAAAAAUUUGCCCUAUCGCCUGAAUUAUAUAAUUAUUAACACUCUCAGGACUUAGGGCUGGGGCUAUGGUCACCAAUGGCUUAUAAAUUGUAAUUUUUUUA